CGAAAUAGGUUUUCCAAAAUUAUUUUUUCUUGUAAUACACGUUGAAUCACAAAAAAUAUUUUAUUUGAAUUUGUCUUUUUCCCAAAAAUUACCUGAAAAAGCAUUUUGAUUGGUUGUCAUAGUGAUCAAUAAACGAAUCCCAGGCUACAUUUAUUUGUGUGUAACAUUCUUUAUCGCAAAAUGGAACUUCGCAAUGAGCUAAUUCGACCUUCUCGCAAUAAGCAUCGUUCAAACGCUGUCACGGCUAUGCGAGUCAUUGAUAGAAGAGAAACUGUGACGCAGUUGGAGCAAAAGUUGGCCAUAAAAAAGAACGAACUUUUACAAGAAGAAGCGAUUUCGUUAGAAAAGCAAAGAGCAAUAAAAGAAAAGAGGGAGCAACUUGAACGCGAAGAGUAUCAAAGUUUGCAACUGUUUCAGUUAAAUGGGAAAGUCCGCGAAUCUGUUUCUCUGGCUCUGGAACAUGAUCUAGAAGAAUGUCGAAAAUUAGACGAUGAACAACAUGCACACUUACUCCAGAUGGAGAACCUUGAAAGCGAAUUAACCGAGUUGACUACCAAACUGGAGUUCUUGCAAAACUAUCAGAACACUAUAUCUGACGUUGAAGGAUUCGACCGAGUAGUCAGCAAAUUCCAAGAGUUAAAUCAAACGUGGCAAAAUAUGGCAAAUGAAUAUCGUUCAAUUCUAUUCGAUGCAGCGAGGUCAUCGUUCAAGAAGGGUCAUCAAACGGUAAAACUUUGUGUUUGUCAUCAAAUCCCAUAUAAGCGAUCUUUGUUACUCACAACAUUGCAGGAAAUCCUCAUGCGACAUCUACUUGGAAUUAAUUCGGAUGAUAGUCAACGAGCUACAGAUGCGUCUGAGUCAACAAAUCGCAACAAGACGGCUCGAAACUCUCAAUGGCAAAUUAGUACCAUGGCAGAGUCGUUCAAGCAACACGGUCACACUUAUUUAGCGAUUAUCAAUUUAGCUGCCCACUUGUCCAGUCACCCUAUAGCCCGGACUCUUAUGAGCAUCGGUGAGUCUAAAUCGAAUCUCAAGUCGAUCAAGCCCAGCAAAAGUCACCUUGGGAAGAAAGAGGAGAUGGAGCGGGUUCCUAGUGUCGAGCAAAUUCAUCAGCCGGUGCAGGACUACAAAGAGCGAUGGAGAACAUUGGCCGCGGCUGCCAUGGGCGAUAGCAGACAAUACCGUGGAGAAACGGAUGCCUCCGUUUCUUCGGAGAUUGGCAGAACUGCGGACUCGGUUAGUCUUGAAGUGCAGAACAAACUAAGCAAUUUGGCGAAUAUUGAUGACUUCGGGGCAUCGUCGACUGGUCCUAAGCAAUCAAUCAUUAAUAAAGUCGCCGCUAAUAAACUUGGUUUCAUCGAGCAAAUUCUCUACGACCUAACUUUGAUUAAAGACGAGAUUGAGUUUCAUACGGACCCUCUAUAUUACAACGAGCCUGGGCACUCAUUUGCUUAAGAGGGAACAAUUUAAAAUGUUCUCGCUUUUCACACAAGGACACGGCAAUGUCACCUUAAUUUAAAAAGAAUUAUUAGACUAAUCAACAGGUAUAGAUGAAAUGUGACUUACUGAUAGCUGAUUGCUAAAUAAAAUUUGACGAGUGUAUUGUAUUCGAAUAUGUUUCGGUAACACUCAUUCCUUGCGUUUGUUGUAACAGAGAGGAUCAAGAGGGUCUAUAUAGAACUUAGGUAUGGGGAUGAGCUAUAGGUUGGGAGAGAAAUCCCAAAGUUAAUACCUCCCUCUGACGAAGAUUUUUAAAAAAUUAAAAAUUAU